AACCUAAAAGAUGGACUAUUUAAAGCUAAGAGUUUUUCCCAAUAGCAAACUCUUGGCAUUCUUUUAUUAAUCAAUAGCUUAUAAGUGGGUGAUAUCUCUCUCUCCUAAUUUCUCUUCUUUAUGCUGCAAUCCCAAAAUGUCAAAUUCAAUGGAAAGAUACCAAAAGCUAGGGUUUAAACAGGCAAUGUCAAGAAUCCACCAUUAUCCAAUAGCCUGCAAAGAUUUAAGCUUGAUUCUAGGAGAAGCUUAUAACGAACUCCCUAAGAAUCUCCAAUCUAUCGUCUUUCAAGACACCCUCUCCGCCUUUCGUCUUCUUCCUCAAAUGCAGACCCGUGGCGCUGUUUCAGCAGCUCAUCUCCUACUUCAGAGUGCAGAGGCUGUGCUUCCAAAACAGAAGAGAAAUUUGGCUGUUAAAGAAUUUAAACAUGCAAAGAUUGCUCAUAAGCGACGUUGCAAAGCUCAUCAUGAGGAAGACAGUACUAUUGAAUUGCCACAAGAUGUUCUACUUCACAUUUUCAGCUUCUUGGACAUGAAAUCUUUAGUUUCUGUUGAGCUAGUCUGCUGGUCCUGGAAUUUUGCAGCUAGCAACAACCAGCUUUGGGAGUCUCAGUAUGCAAUCUUUUUCAGUAAGAAGCCUGCUUCUUCUAAGAUUAGAGGGCUGCGGAAUAGCAGGCAAGACAAAGAUAAGGAGUUCGCUCUUUUGCAGGAGAACACGGUCUCUAGAACGAGUAUUGACUGGAAAGAAGCCUUUAAAAGAGCAUAUGUAGGCAACUCAUCCAAGAGAUUAGCAUCUAAUAGAGGAUACUGUAUGCAAUGUGAAACAAUAGUUUGGUUAGAUAACAUGAAAUGCUGUAACGGAGAUCAUGGACUAGAGUCUGGAAAUCAGCUAAUUGUGCCCGUAUCACCUCUCCAGGUUGUUGAAUAUCUAUUGAACGGCUCAUCAUCAAUUAUAUAUUCUUCAGAAUCUGACAGUGACAGUGACAGUGAAUCUGAUGAAGGAUUUAUUCCUAGGCUAUGGGCCUACCCCAGGCACAUUGGUAGAUAUCAGAAUAACUAAUUGACAGUAUGUGAAGCUUCAAUUACUUCUGUUGGCCUGCAUUUACAACUUUAAUGGAUCUUCAGCACGAUUCCAGAGUAUAAUUAGUAAUAUGAUGUCCCCUGUUAAUGUACUGCAGAAAUUGAUAAAUCAGGUGUUUCCUUUCUU